AUGCCUGGCAUCGAUCCCCAGAUCAUCUGCCAUCGCCUACACGUCAACCCAGCCAUCAAGCCUGUAGCGCAGAAGAGACGCAACUUCGCCCCCGAGCGAGUCGCCAUCAUUGAAGCCGAGAUCGACAAGCUUCUAGUUGCCGGUUUCAUUGAAGAAGUCUCAUACGCAGAAUGGCUGGCGAACGUUGUUCUAGUAGCAAAGAAAGAUAAAGGCCUGUGGAGAGUGUGCGUCGACUAUACUGACCUCAACAAGGCAUGUCCUAAAGAUAACUUUCCACUGCCGAGAAUUGACCAGCUCGUCGAUUCAACUUCCGGCAAUCAACUGCUAAGCUUCAUGGACGCCUACUCCGGUUACAACCAGAUCAUGAUGCAUGAAGACGACAAGGCAAAGACCUCUUUCAUCAUCGAAAGAGGUACCUACUGCUACAAGGUCAUGCCCUUUGGGCUGAAGAACGCCGGGGCAACCUACCAAAGGCUGGUGAAUAAAAUUUUCAAGGAGCAAAUCGGCAAGACUAUGGAGGUCUACGUAGACGACAUGCUAGUCAAAGCUCCCGAGCGAGCAGACCACAUCGAGAAUCUUGCCGAGGCAUUCAGCAUACUCCGAAAAUACAACAUGAAGUUGAACCCGAGCAAAUGCACAUUUGGAGUCUCGUCCGGCCGAUUCCUUGGAUACUUAGUCACCCAAAGAGGAAUUGAGGCACAUCCAAAUCAAAUCAAGGCUAUACUCAACAUGAAGUCACCUGCCACAACAAAGGAGAUACAAAGUCUAACGGGUAGGGCGGCAGCUCUCAACCGAUUCCUCUCUAGAUCUACCGACAAAUGCAGGCCAUUUUUCAAAGCCUUGAAGAAGGGACACAAAGAUAAGUGGGAUGACGAGUGUGAAGUAGCUUUUCAAAACUUGAAAACUUACCUCACUUCACCUCCAUUGCUCUCAAAGCCGAUACCAGGCGAAGACUUGUACAUCUACCUAGCGGUGUCCGACUCAGCUGUCAGCUCAGCUCUCAUCCGAGAAGAGCUGGGGGCACAACAUCCGGUAUUCUACACUUCAAAAGCUCUCCUCGAUGCAGAGACUCGCUAUCCGAAAAUGGAGAAGCUCAUUUUUUCGCUUGUGGUUUCUGCGAGAAAGUUAAGGCCCUACUAUCAAGCACACCGGAUAAUUGUCAUAACAGAAUUUCCUUUGAGAUCGAUCCUUCACAGCCCCGACGCUUCUCAGCGACUCAUGAAAUGGGCUAUCGAACUCAGUCAAUACGACCUCCUCUACCGGCCGAAGACUGCUAUAAAAGCCCAAGCUUUAGCAGAUUUUGUUGUAGAGUUUACUCCGACAGCCGAAGAAGAGAAGAUGGUACGAAAAGCAAGGAAAAAGCGGACGACACCUCCCCACCGAUUCGAACCUACCUAA